AUGAACAUGUCCGGCGCUUCCCUCGGAGCAGAACUCACAGAUGAGGAAAAGGAGAUCAUCAACAGUGUUCUGGCUCGUGCUGCGAUGAUGGAGGCCACGGAGCAACAGAGGAUUGCGCGGCUCUCCACUCGUUUGGAUAAUAUUAAGAAGACUGCGUGUGGAGAUGGCCAGUCGCUCUGCCUCAUAUGUGGGGCAGGGUUUGGACCACAGGGAGUCACAGCUGUCCUCUGCGCGCACUGCAACAAACACAUGUGCAGUAAAUGUGGCAUCUACAGCAACAGCCGGUCCAGCCCCAUGUGGCUGUGCCGAAUCUGCAACGAACAUCAAGAGGUGCAGAAACGUUCAGGUGCUUGGUUCUUCAAAGGCCGAGAGCAGCAGCCGCUCCCAGGACCUCUUCCUCUGUCCAAACAACGAGAGUCCAGUUCUGAGUCCAACUCUGCUGCAGACGAUCAACGGAGGCCACAGGAGAAGGCCACACGUCAACAACAGCCAAGGGCAGAUGCUGAGCCGCUGGCCGCACCGGAGCAGACGGGGAGAACCACUGCGGAUGGCGGUAACGAGAGCCCGGCACGUCCCGCAGUGGCCCUCAGAACAGAGGCACAUGUGUUCGCCUCCAAACCACCACGGGCUGCAGUUCAACAGAAUCACUCAGAUUUUGAAAAUAAACGGUCACAGAGAGAAGAGGUUCCCUCCCCUCCAGUAAUUGAAGAGAAACGACAGCCUCUUGUGACCAGCUCCAUCCCAUCGUACACUCCAGCUCCCAGACCCACUCCAGUGAACAACAGUCCCAUCCACCCCCCUCCACAGAAGCCUCCUCCAGAGACAACACAAGAAGAGGAUGAGUAUGACUCUGACGACAGCACCACACUGGGGUCUCUGGAGUUCAGCCUCCUUUACGAACAGGAGAGCAAUACAUUACAAUGUUGUGUCAUCAAAGCUAAGGGUUUAAAACCAAUGGAUUCCAAUGGUCUUGCUGAUCCCUAUGUAAAACUGCAUCUCCUACCCGGCGCCAGUAAGUCCAACAAGCUUCGCACCAAGACGCUUAAGAACACUUUGAAUCCAGUGUGGAACGAGACUUUGAUUUACCAUGGGAUCACAGAUGAGGAAAUGACACGCAAAACCCUUCGACUUUCAGUGAGCGAUGAAGACACUUUUGGACACAACGAAUUCAUAGGAGAAACACGAGUGGCCCUGAAGAAACUCAAAUUCAACCAAAAGAAAAACUUCAAUAUUUGUUUAGAGAAAGUGAUACCGGUAAAGAAGACUGCUGGAGGCUCCUCUCGGGGCAUGGCUCUGUAUGAAGAGGAUUUGAAUGAAUGUGAGGAUUCAGAGGAGCGAGGACGUAUCCUUGUGUCGCUGACGUACAGCAGUCAGAAGAGCUGCCUGCUCGUUGGGGUGGUCCGCUGUGCCCACCUCGCUGCUAUGGACUCCAACGGUUACUCGGAUCCAUUUGUAAAAAUAUGUCUCAAGCCUGAUAUGGGGAAAAAAGGAAAAAAUAAAACACAAACAAAAAAGAAGACUUUAAAUCCAGAGUUUAAUGAGGAGUUCUCAUAUGAGAUCAAACACGGGGAUCUGGCCAAAAAAAGUCUGGACAUAUCAGUGUGGGACUAUGACAUGGGGAAGUCCAAUGACUUUAUUGGAGGAUGCCAACUCGGUAUCCAGGCUAAAGGUGACUGCCUGAAGCAUUGGUAUGAAUGCCUGAAGAACAAAGAUAAGAAGAUUGAGCGUUGGCAUGUGUUGUCCAAUGACAGCUCAGUGCAUGUUGAGGAUUGA